UUGUACUAAAAAUAGCCCAGUUAAAAUCUACCGUCCACCGGUCAGGUCGAUUCUACAAACAUGGUGGACGAAGCAGCGAGAUUUGACGAUUGGGUUCAAAAUGAACUUUCAGUUUUACUUGGAUUUCCAGCAGGGGAGGAACUUGUCAAUUACAUUUUGGCAUUCGAGAGUAUCAGAGAACUUGAAGAGCACUUCUCCAAUUUAUUAGAUGGAGAUGAUCCAAAAACCAAGCAGUUUAUUGAUGAAUUUUUCAGAAGAUGGAAACCUCAUUCAAAUACAGCUGACAAUGCACAGUUUUACAAGAAAGCUGAUUUCAGUAGUCCAUCUGUAAGGAAAAAAACUAAAACGAAAGGAAAAACUGAAGUGAAGCCUAAAGUUGAAAUGUUUAAUGCAGACAAAACUCCUAACAUGAUACAAAGUGUUAAGGAUAAUAUGUUGGAAAAUAUUGGUUUAGACAUUCCAGAAAAAAUGGUUGUAGAUGUAACAGGAGCAGAAUUUCUGGAUAAAAACAUGUUAUACCCAGAAGAAAAAAAAUCCAAGAGUUCCAGUCCCUUCAAAAAGAAACAUCUGAAAUAUGUACCAUUGUACAGUGCCGAUGGAAAAUUGAAAACAGAUACAGCAAUGUUGCCUGGCCGUCAUGCUUGUCAAUGUCUUGCACAGAAACAUAAAUUAAUAAACAAUUGCGUUGAAUGUGGAAGGAUUGUUUGUGAACAGGAAGGUUCAGGACCUUGUAUGUUUUGUGGAACUUUAGUUUGCUCAUUAGAAGAACAAGAUAUAAUUUCAAGACAAUCCAAAAAAAGCAAAAAACUUAUGGAAAAAUUACUAAACCAAACACCAGCAGAAGAAGGCGAAGAAGCUGAAGAUAAGGCACUACAAACUGCUAUUGCUCAUAAGGAACGUCUUCUUGAAUAUGAUAAAAAUUGUACCAAAAGAACCAAAGUAAUUGACGAUGAAGCAGAUUACUUUACUUCAGACAAUCGUUGGAUGACUAAAAAACAACGUGAGGCUUUAGCAAAACGAGAUGCAGAAUUACGAGAGAAAAGAUUUGCAUCUAGAAGACACCAAAAAUUUACGAUUGAUUUUGCAGGAAGAAAAGUUCAACAAACUGUUGAGGACAAUUAUAUGUAUGAUGCAGAAGAUGCAACUGUGCAAUCAGUAACAGACAUUGGUACCACGCAAAGAGGCGAAGUUGCAUCAGCAAAUUCGCUCGUUGAUCCUCGUAUUACUAUUGAACCGCCAAAGUUCAACUCGAAUAGCUUUAAAGGUGAUGUGACAAAUUUUUUAAAAGCGCAACAAGACGCCGUAAAAAAUUCUCUUCGACUACAGGAGAUGGUUGACCAAGGCAUGUGUAUGAGCAUGCAUCAACCUUGGGCAUCGUUACUGGUUCAAGGAAUUAAAAAGUUAGAAGGUCGAAGUUGGUACACUGCCCAUCGUGGUAGAUUAUGGAUAGCGUCUACUACAAAACCUGCAGAUAACGAGACAACAAAACAAGUGGAAAACCAAUACAGAGAUUUCCUUUUUGAUAGAGAUAUAGAUUUUCCAAAGGAAUAUCCGUGUUCUGCAUUGUUAGGAUGUGUCACAGUUGUAGAUUGUGCAUCAAAUGAAGAAUACUUCAAAAAGCAUCCCAAUUGCAAUGAAGAAUCAGAUUCGCCAUAUUUGUUUGUUUGUGAAAAUCCACAACAACUUAAAAUCAAAUUCAGCAUGAAAGGCAAACAUAAAAUUUAUAAAUUGGAGCCACAUAUUCAUGCUGCAGCAAGAAAAAGUUUAAUGCCAUCCUGAGAAGAAUUUUUCUCCAGAAUUUAUAGAAUAAUUAUAAGUAUUUUGUUAAAUGAAAUAAAGAAAUUAUCAUAAA